UUCUAAAAAAAAAAAAAAAAAUUCUGGAUGUGCUAAAAAGAAAGAAAUGUGAUUCAUAAUCGUGAGAAAAACCAAUCAAUAGAAGCAGACCCAGAAAUAAACAAGAUGCAGAAGCUGCUCACGGGUAGCUAGAACUCUCAGGUGCAGCCUUCCCUGGAUUGGACGUUUUCGUAUACCUUAUUAAGUCACGUAAAACACGAUUCCUCUAGAUCUUACAAGACCUCAGCUGAAGGCCUCUGCUCACGCUGUAGAGUGAACUCAUCAGGUCCCCAUAAGCGACUGUGUUCAGAUUUCUAGUUAAGUUUGUGGAAAACUGAGUGAAUGGGACUACUAGUUGUGUAUUUUCCCACAGCACUGCCCGCCUUCUGUUACCCAAGUGCAUUCUGGGGACCUAAGAUGGAAACAAUCAGGGGCGCCGGAGGUGAAGGACUGAACAUGGUGCCUGGUGGUUCCUCAGUUGAGCAUGUCCCUUCGCUAGAGCCGGCCCUGAGGUCACACGGAUUUGUGGAGACCCCUCCUCCCCUUCUCCCCAGGUGUCCGUAUCCCUUGGAGCUGACAACUGAGUAGGUCCGGCUGGUUAAUAAAGCCUGGCGCGCUUAGACACGAGCCCCGCGCAGAUGCGGAGGGCCCCGGGCGCAGAGCCCAGCUCAGGGACCGCCACCCGACUACCAGGAUACUUUCCGGGUCUGCAAAACAGGCGGGUGUGGGCGGGGUCCCUGCGAGCGAAGGGGGGGCCGGGCGGGGCGGGCCUGGGCGGGGCUUGACGCGCCCCGCCCCCGCGGCCGCUUUUCAUCCCCGGCUGGUGAUCCUCGUCCAGGCCGCCUCAUCCUCGCGGAGCUCGCGGCGGCUCGGGGCAGAGAGUAGCCGGGGCGCCCAGAAGCCCCGGGAAAGGACGAGGAGCGGGGCCGGGCCGGGCCGGCAAUGCCUCCAGCUGCUGCGGCGCCUGCCGGCGACCGAGCGCCCGCGGCCUCGGGGGCGCAGCUGGGCCCCGGGGAGGCCAGGCUUUGAGGCGCUGGGGCCUAGCUCCCCCGCCUCCCUCGCUCUCUGCGGCCCCGCUUCGGCUCGCUUCCUCCGCCGCCGACCGCCAUGGCCUCCGCCGCCCGGGAGAGCGCGGGCUCCGGGCUCAGGCCGCCGCCACGGCUCCCGGCGCUGCGCGGGCUGCUGCUGCUGUGCUUGUGGCUGCCCAGCGGCCGCGCGGUGGGGUCGCCCUCCGCGCCGCUGUCCGAGCUGCACGCGCAGCUCUCGGGAGUGGAGCAGCUGCUGGAGGAGUUCCGCCGGCAGCUGCAGCAGGAACGGCCGCAGGAGGCGCUGGAGCUGGAACUGCGCGCGGGCGGCGGCCCCCAGGAAGGCUGCCCAGGCGGCGGCGGCGGCUACAGCGCCAUGCCGGACGCCAUCAUCCGCACCAAGGACUCCAUCGCGGCCGGCGCCAGCUUCCUGAGCGCGCCGGCUGCCGUGCGGGACUGGCGGCAGUGCCUGGAGGCCUGCUGCCUCGAGCCGCGCUGCUCCGUGGCCGUGGUGGAGCUGCCCCGCCGGCCCGCGCCCCGGGCCGCGGCGCUCGGCUGCUACCUCUUCAACUGCACGGCGCGCGGCCGCAGCGUCUGCAAGUUCGCACUGCACCGCGGCUACAGCAGCUACAGCCUCAGCCGCGUCCCAGAGGGCGAGCAGGAAGGCCUGGAAGCUGGCGCCCCGGCCACCGCCCGGGCCUCGCCGCGGCCGGAAAAGGACGAGCCUCCACUUAGCAAGGCCGGGCAAGAUGUUGUUUUGCACCUGCCCACAGAUGGAGUGAUUCUGGAUGGCCGUGAGAGCACAGAUGACCACGCCAUCGUCCAGUAUGAGUGGACACUGCUGCAGGGUGACCCGUCAGUGGACAUGAAGGUGCCUCAGUCCGGAACCCUGAAGCUGUCCCACCUACAGGAAGGGACAUACACCUUUCAGCUGACGGUGAUGGACACUGCUGGGCAGAGGAGCUCUGACAACGUCUCGGUGACCGUGCUUCCCGUGGUCUUCUCCACAGGAGGAUGCUCGAAUGUUUGCUCACGCUACCACUUCUUUUGUGAUGACGGCUGUUGCAUUGACAUCACGCUGGCUUGCGAUGGAGUGGAGCAGUGUCCUGAUGGGUCUGAUGAAGCUUUCUGUCAAAAUCUGAGCCUUGACCGCAAGAUGGUGACCCACACGGCUAUGGCACAGCCUAGACCCACCGGACCAAGCAAAGAUGCAGGCAGGGGCUCCUUGCGGGAAAAGUCCCAGAAAGCCACCGCCCCAAAACAGCCACCUGCGUCAUCAACCACGGAAAAGAGGAAUCAUUCCGCCUCUUGGGGACCAGAGAGUCUCAUUGAUCCUGGGAUACCAGAUAGUGGUUCCUCAGGGAAGCACAGAAAAGAGGAAAAUUAUAUUUUUGAGUCAAAGAGCAAUCGAGGAGGAGGGGAACACCCAGCCCCAGAAGCAGAAAGAAAAUACUUUCAAGAUAGUCCUGUAGAAAGACUGAACUCUCAGACUGUUCCUGAGAAUCUUCUUCAGGAGUUUUACCUAGGAUUCCACAGAUAAACCAGAGGUUGAAAUGCCAUUAGUACGUACUCAGCUCCAGGCCCUCUUGUCUUGGAGAGAAGGCCAGCUAUACCUGGGACUGGUUUUAAGCUCAGAAAAUCAAAGCUAUUAGGAGUGAACUUCAUCAGUUACUUACCCCCAAAUGUAAACACCUGUCGGUACCCACCCUCUCUUCUUUUCCUCCAGCACUUGAAGGAAAAGGUGUCCCCUCUUUCCAAGGUCAGUCUCUCCCCCUGACCUUGAUGCAGCUCCUUAUCUCCUCGUCUGUUUCUCCAUCAUUUAUUAACUCCCAGUGUUUAUAAUCUCUACUGGUUCAUUCCCCUAGACGCAUUCAGAUCUCUAAAAACAUAUAAAAAACAAAACAGCAUCCCUCAGCCUUCAAUCUCCCUGUAAAUGAAUUCCCAGUUGCUAAGUGCAGCGGCCUCUCCAGGCUUCACCUCAUUUGACCUCUCCUUAGGAUUUGAUUCCGCUGACCACUUUCCUCUUGAAAUAGCCUCGUCCCUCUGCUUCCAGGACUCGCUUCUCUGUUGGUUGCCGACCAUUUCUCUGACCUUGCUCUUCCUGUGUGCCUUGGUUCUCCUCCUUGUCCGCCCUCUGAAAUGUUGGUGCUCCCUGGGGCCUUGUCCCUGGCCCCCUUCUCCCUUCCUCUCUGGCGGUCUCACCCACUUUCGUCCCUGCAACCAUCACCUUAACGCUGAAGGUCCCCACAUGUUCAGGCCCAAAUCAUCGAAGAGCCUAGAGAAAAUUCUACCUGGGUUGGCUGUCGGCAUCUCAAUUUGAAACUGUCGAAAAAUAAUCUCCCUCACCCACCCCAAGCAAGCUCCAUCAUACAUCUAAGUCACUUGAGCAAAAAUCCUAGGAACGAGAUACAUGGACCACUCCUUUUUAUAUCUGUACUUUGUAUAUAAUUCUACCAUAGUAACUGUAAUACUUUAUUGUAUCUUUUCAUGUAAAUGUCUGUCUACCCAGACUUGAAGUCAUUAAAAAACAAUCUCAUUUAACUUUUGGAGAAGUGGUAUACCAUAGUAGUUCUGGAACAGUACUGUCUGGGGCCAUAUCCUGACACUUCCAUACUGAGAGAAAUCAAGUCACUUAAUUCUCAAUGCUUAGUGCCCUCAUUUGUAAAAUGGGGAUAAUAAAAGUACGAACUCAUAUGGUGGUUGUGAGAAUUAAACUACUUAAUCUAUAAAGCGCUCUUUAUUAUCUUUGAUUACCAGUGUCAGGCACAUGGCUGUUAAUUUAUGCAAAAUGAAUAAGUAAAUGAAAGAAAAUGUUAUGAAAUCAGCUUAUGCAAUGGAGGUUUUUGCUCCUGUAGUUCGACCAGUUGGCAAGACCCCUGUAGCUAAAAAUAGUUCCACCAUAUCAUCUCCAAGCCUGGCCUGACUACAGAGCAGAUCAGACUAAGAAUAGACCCUGCUGAGCUUGAUAAGAAAGAAAGACUGAUCUGGGGUACACACUGUUCCUUCCAGACUCCUGAAGGAGGAGUAAAAGCUGCUUUUAGUCUAGGUGUCUAGGAUCAAUCCCACAGGGAAGAAAACCUAUGAAGGAGAACUAGAGAUUUUUUUUCCUCAAGUUUUCAAUAAUGGUUCUACUGGCUGAGAGUAGGUUCUCUGGAUUUAGGAAACAAAAAUUUCUUAAAGCCCUAACCAGAGCAAAAAAUCAGGAGUUAGUCCAUACUUAUUUUAAUGGUGAAUGAUCAUGUAUGAAUCCAUAGAUGUAAGCUAUGACUGCAAUGAAGAUAUUUCCUAUGGUCACAAUGUCUUUACAGUUGUCUAUUUACAGAAUGUCUAUUACAGUUGGAUAUAAGGGUAAUCUGACUGCAACGUUUGUACCCACUGAUGGCAUAUAAAUUUUAUAGGAACCGGGUACACAAUUUGGUUUUAAGGAACUCUUCGUUUGAGACCUAGACCUGCAACUUACAAGCUAUGUGCUCUUAGGCCAAUUACUUAAUCUUUCUGCACCUCAGUUAAUCUGCAAAAUGGAGGUAAUAUAAGUACCUACUUGAGUUGUUCAGAUUAAAUAAAACAGUGCAUGCACAGUGCUUAUCAUAUAGUGGAUUGUGGCUGUUAUUGGUAUUAA